AUUCGCGUGACAGCCGCGACUGACAGCGUCCGUUCCGCGCGCCUCUCCGCGAGUCAUGCCCGAGAUGGAAACGGGGCGACCGCCGGAGAACAAGCGCAGCAGAAAACCUGCGCAUCCCGUCAAGAGAGACGUGAACGAGGAGAUGAAGAACUUUGCUGAAAGCACCAUGAAUGAGCUCUUGGGUUGGUACGGCUAUGAUAAAGUGGACCUGCAGGAGUCCGACGCCUCUGAUGCCCGAAAUCGUGUCAAACGCCAUCAUAUAUCUGUUCUUAAAGAGAACUCGGUGCCAAAGCCGCACGCCACAGAGAGGAAGGUGCCGUCGUCUUCCUCAGAGCCCGUCAGAAACGGUGAGAAAGAGCCGGCGGCCGCUCCUCUCUCUCCUUCUUCAUCAUCGUACUCCUCCUCGGCCUCACCGCGGGUGAAGGAGCAACACAGCAUGAACGUCAUCGUGCCGCUCAUCAAGCCUUCUGCCGUGGAGGAUGUCCAGAACGUUCAGAUCGUGUGUGUGUGGUGUCAGAAGGAGGGCAUGAAGCGGUACUCUCUGCUCAUGGGCUCGGAGCUCAAGAGCUUCUGCAGCGAGAAGUGUUUCGCUGCGUGUCGUCGCGCCUACUUCAAACGCAAUAAGGCUCGAGAUGAGGAUCGUCAUGGCGACCAGUCUCCGCCCCCCGGUCAAACGCUGGACACGCCCACAAGACUUCUGCUGAAGAUGAACAACAACACGCGUGUGUGUGAUUGGUGUAAACACGUCCGUCACACUAAAGAGUACCUGGACUUCGGUUCGGGUGAGGAGCGGCUGCAGUUCUGUAGCACCAAAUGCCUAAAUCAGUACAAGAUGGAUGUGUUUUACCGGGAAGCUCGUGCCGCCCUCACCAGCUCCAAAGACGAGGAGAACCGCCCCAAACCGCCUGAAAACCAGAAACUUCUCACCCCUGAGGCCUGGGACCCUCCAGCGAAAACCCUCUCGCCCCAAACCCCGACGUCAUCUUCAUCGCUGCGAACCCCCGUCUCCAAGAUCCAGACAGGUGCGUCGCCCUCCUCUCCCGCCGGCCCGUCUCGUGUUACACUCGAGCAGCCACGCCCACCUCAGGUGCCCCUCCCCUUUGUGCGCCCACCCCUUCACGCCCAGAGCCCCGCCCCUCACCCGCCUCGUCCCGUCAGCCCCACCCACAGGGCGCCGUUUGCCCCGCCCCCUUUCCUCCAGCCCUACGCCUCACCGUACGCACCCUUCCACCCGCCGUACCCUCCCCAAAUGCCUCCACCGUGGCCGCAGCCCAUGAUGUUUUUGCCCUAUCCCGUUUUCGUGCCAAUCCCGGUGCCGAUUCCCAUUCCCAUCCCUGUUUCCCCUCAAACGGGCCACAGAGGGGUCAUCCGAAGCCUUCAGGAACAGGAGAAGGAGGAGACCAAUGAAAACAGAGUAAAGAUCGAACAAUGUGCUUCUCCUCUUCCCUCCACGUCUGAGCGGCAGGUGAUCCGGUGUCUCCGCAGAAACCCGGUCAAAGAGGAAAACCACGACGCUCACAUUCUGCGCAAAGCACUUUACACGUCUGUCGUGACAGCGACGGCCUCCGCCUCAUUGGACAGCAGAGUCGUCACUCCCGCCUCUUUGUACUCAUUGGCUCGUUCGACCGCCAUACAGGCCGCCUCGCUUUCAUUGGACAGUGGCUCCGCCCAGAUCCCGUCUCCUCUCUCUGACUGUGAGGAUGUGAAGGAGAACAGCUAUCUGGGUGGGCGGGACAAUGGCUCGGCCAAUCCCUGGCCGGCAGAGCAGACGGACUGCCAGAGCGACCAAUCAAAAGAGAGCAGAGGGGAUGAGGACGCCCCGCAGGACGCAGAGCACACGUACGCGCGGUCCGUGCCGCCGAAACUACGUGAGAAAAACACACAUACGGCCGCGCAAACACAUUUACACACUCAAACACACACCUGGGAGAAAAACACACUCGCAGCAGCGCAGGGAUCUGAGCAGAGCGGCCCGGACGAUCCAGAGCCGCCCGUCAAGAGACGAUGCUUGAGGAUCAGAGACCAGAACAAAUGAUGAGGGUGUGUGUGAACUUACAGAGGACACAUUUACUCUCCCAACGACACCGCAGUGCCAGUGAAGCCCAAACCAGACGCCGACGCAGCGGCAGGAUCCACCGCAGAGCAUCAUGGAUGUCACAGAUCAACCGUGUGUGUGUGUGUGUGUGUGUGUGUGUGUGUGUGCGCGAAAGGCUCUGUGUGUUUUCCUGCCGAGCUCCUAUAAAGCCAGGCAUUGUUCCUCACUGCAAGCCCAUAUAUGUGUGUGUGUGUGUGUGUGUGUGAGUGUGUGAGUGUGUGUGAGUGUGUGUGUGUGUGUGUGAGUGUGUUCAGCUGUGGUUUAGGAUUACCUGACAUACUGGCGCUUUGGCUACAGGGCAUUUUUAGACUUCGCCUAAAGAGUGCCAAGAGCACAAACACACACGUCAGUAUAUUCAGCUCACAGACGUUUAGUAAAAUGUGUUUGCAGUAAUUAUAUUUGCAGGAAUAUCAGAGAACUGACUCACAAAUUCUUGCUUUUUAACCCUUCAUGGUUUAUUUGGUGCCUGUUAGGAGAAAACUCAUCAAAGUGAUGAAUGAUGCCAACAGACACUGAUUCAGAUCAAUAUCAGAGUGAAGAAGGUUUCACACUGUUGUAAAGAGGACCUGUUAUGCCUUGAUGUUGUUUUUGGGCUCUACUAGAUUGAACGUUGAUUAUUUUCCUCAUAUUCUCCAUUGUUCAGCUCCUCUCUUCCCAGUCUGUCAGUAACGCUCUGUUUAGUUCCUGUCUCUAUGAAGCCCCUCCUUCUGAAAAGCACAAUGUGCUCUGAUUGGUCAGCUGGAGCAGUGUGUUGUGAUUGGUCAAGAGUUUGAGCGUGUUUGGAAAAUGCCCCGCCCCUUACCAUAACCGCCAAUUUCAACACACUAAUAACUGACUCAACCAGGCCCCGCCCCUUUAUUUUGAGCGGGAAUAAAUGAGGAAUAUUGUGACGUGUUCGUUCCCGGAAGAAAAUGGAGGCGUUUCAGGGAGUUCAGAAACAGCGACACUGAUAUAGAGAAUAACUGGAGGGACUUUAGUAAUGGGAAUUAUGAUACUUGUUCGUCCUUCAAUCAUCAGAGUUUAAAAGCUUCCCAGGAUCAACGUCAAAGUGAGCAGAAGCUCAAAUACAAAAGAGCGUGUAAUUUGCAUUUGUGUUAAUUCUAAGGUAAAGUUGGCAUGAAAUGAACAUUCAACCAGUCAUUUUUUUUUUUCUAAAUGCAUGUUAUUGUGAACAAUUCAACUGUGCCUGUUUCAUUUUUUAAAAUGUUUUGAUCUGGUAAUAAUCGAAAUCGUCAGACUUCUCCUAAACCCCGCCCCCUUCAAGCGCACGCUCAUCUGCCUACAAGCCACGCCCACAUCGCAACAUCCAGUCAACAACCGAUGCAUGGAACCAAGAUCCCGCCUUACAUUUAUUCUUUUUCGAUCAGAUGUAAGUCACAGUAUCUUUAAAGAUUGUGUCCAAACCUUUGACUGACAUUUUUGCCAUAAUCAUGUACCAUGGUGAUGAUGUGGUACUUCAAAAAUACCAUGGUGUUAGUGUCAAAACAACAUUGUAUUACCGCGAUAUCGCGCACGUUUAUUAUUGCGUGAUAUUCAAAAUGGUUGCGUCUCAAAAAUCAAUAUUAAUACAAUGCCAUAAACAACAUCAAACUGAAUAUUUCAAUGAGUAUCACGUGUGUGUCAGUAUUACAUGACCGAAGCCAUCAGUGGACACUUUCAUUACUGUCCAGCAUUGAUAUUAUAUCCGAUACUGAUGAUUUGAGCUGCAGAUUUAUUGAUAUAAAUGAUCAAUAUUUAUUAUUAAUAUGAUUAACAGAGCUUCUAAAUGCACAUUAUUUCACACCAGUGCCAACUGAUGUAAUUCAUUUUACAGAAGGCCAAACACAUGACAAUAUCGUAAGAAUGCUCUUUUACAUUUCUUUCAUUUUGUAUAUUGUUUUUCCUGAUUUUUAUUCUUAAUGUCCAUCAGAUGAUUUUUUUUCCAUUAAUUUAAAUGUGAUAAAUGCUUUAAUAUCAUCAAUAUAAUGACCUGUAAUGAACUUCACAGGAUCAGUGACUGUUUUAUGUCAUUUUAUGAACAGAGAAUUAUGCUAAUGACUAGAUUUGUUGACAAUAAAAACCCUAAACACCACAA